AUGGUCAGAACUGUGAGAGGAGUCCAAGUUAAAAAUGAGACAGAAGUGACAGAAUUUAUCCUACUGGGACUCUCAGACAAUCCAGACCUGCAGAACAUCCUCUUUGCAUUGUUUCUGGUGAUCUACAUGAUAACCCUGGUGGGUAAUUUGGGCAUGAUGGCACUAAUUAAGGUGGACCGCUCUCUGCACACACCUAUGUACUUCUUUCUCAGCAGCCUUUCCUUUGUCGAUGCUUCUUCCUCCUCAACUGUCACUCCUAAGAUGCUGUUAAACCUCCUGACUGAGGAUAAGAGCAUUUCUUUCAAUGGCUGUGCUGCCCAGUUCUUCUUCUUUGGCUCCUUCCUGGGAACUGAGUGUUUCUUGCUAGCCAUGAUGGCAUACGACCGCUAUGCAGCCAUUUGGAAUCCCCUGCUGUACCCAGUUCUCAUGUCUGGAAGAAUUUGUUUUAUGUUGGUGACUACUUCAUUCCUAGCAGGCUUUGGCAAUGCAGCCAUCCACACAGGGAUGACUUUCAAGUUGUCCUUUUGUGGCUCUAAUAAAAUCAACCAUUUCUACUGUGACACCCCGCCCCUGCUCAAGCUCUCUUGUUCUGACAUUCAUAUCAAUGGCAUCGUGAUCAUGGCUUUUUCCAGUUUUACUGUUCUCAGCUGUGUUCUGAUUGUUCUUAUUUCUUACCUGUGCAUUCUCAUUGCCAUACUGAAGAUGCCCUCUGCAGAAGGAAGGCACAAAGCAUUUUCUACCUGUGCCUCCCAUCUCAUGGCUGUCACCAUCUUCUUUGGUUCUAUUCUCUUUAUGUACUUGCGGCCUACUACUAGCUACUCGCUGGAGCAGGACAAGGUUGACUCUGUGUUUUAUACAGUAGUGAUCCCCAUGCUUAACCCUCUCAUCUACAGUUUGAAAAAUAAAGAUGUGAAGGAGGCAGUGAGGAAAAUCGUACAGAAACAUGUGCUAUAA